GCGCAUCGCGAGAGUGAGGAAGUGCAUAAGCUGUGAGCAGCUGCCAGUGUAUCCGGUUAUUCGGUUUUAAUGGCUAAAGUGGAGAUCGCCCCUUUGAGAGGCUGGGAUGAUUUCUAUCCAGGCUCGGAGCGCUUCGCCAAACCAGACACGCGAGAUUUGGCAAAAUGGAACAACAGAGUGGUCAGCAACCUCCUCUAUUAUCAAACAAACUAUCUGGUGGUGGCGAUCACUGUAUUCAUGCUUGUAGGGUUGAUGAACCCCGUGAGCAUGUUCACAGGUGCAAUAGUGGUCACUUCUGUCUUCAUUGGCUCUGUGUGGGCAGGGGAGAACAAGGCAAUCAUUAAAAAUUUCAAGAAGGAGAACCCUACCUUGUUUGUUUUCCUGGUGAUGGUCGUGAGCUACUUCCUUAUGUCACUCUUCGGUGGAGUUAUGGUAUUCCUGCUUGGAAUCAAACUCCCACUUCUGUUGAUUUUUGCACAUGCAUCGCUUCGCCUACGGAACAUGAAAAACAAACUGGAGAAUAAGAUGGAGAGCGCUGGACUCAAGAAAUCACCCAUGGGAAUCAUACUUGAAGCACUGGGUCAACAAGAAGAGAACCUCUAUAAAAUUCAAGACAUUCUGGAGAGCAAACUGAAGGAUGAUCUCCGUCGAUAGUGACUCUGUUUCUCACCAAUGCACGAAGGAAAUGCUUUCAGCUGGUACAAUUUGUGAAAUCCACUCCGUUUCUUCCAACAUGCAUAAUUGGCAAAAAGAAAAAGUAUUAUUUUUCCAUCAGUGUUUUUCUGUAAAGGGAUCAACAAACUGUAUAAAAAUAAAAUAGUGUUUUAUGAUGUUUUUGUUUGUCUCAUUUCAAAUGUAAGGGGGUGCAAUU